CAUCAUUCGAAUGGCUCCGCAAAGCGAACUUCGCCAACGUGCCGCCGCCGCCGGCGGGACGGAAUCCAAGGACCUCAAGAAGACGUUCACGUGGCAAGAAGUGGCCAAGCACAACCAUGCGGGAAGUGCAUGGAUGAUCGUGCGCAACAAAGUGUACGAUGUCACGUCGUGGGUGGACAAGCACCCAGGCGGAGCCGAGAUGGUAACCUUGCACUCUGGCCGUGAAGCCACGGACACGUUUGACUCGUACCAUCCCUUCAGCGACAGGGCCGAAAAGGUCUUGGCCAAGUACGAAAUUGGCACGCUGGCUGGUCCUGCCGAGUUUCCUGUGUACAAGCCCGACACUGGCUUUUACCGCGAAUGCCGCAAGCGCGUGGGCGAGUACUUUGACAAGAACAAGAUCAAUCCCCAAGCUGGUUUUGCUGGUUUCUGGCGCAUGAUUGUCGUGAUGGCCAUCGCCGCCGCGACCUACUACGGCAUGCACUUUUCCACCAUCUUGGCGGUGCAAGUGGCUGCCGCCGCCAUUUUCGGCGUCUGCCAGGCGCUUCCCCUCCUGCAUGUCAUGCACGAUUCGUCUCAUGCUGCGUUCACCAAGCAACCGUUCAUCCGUGAAUUCACCGGUCGCUUGUUCAUGGACUGGUUCGCCGGUGCGAGCAUGGUGUCGUGGCUUAACCAACACGUCGUGGGCCACCACAUCUACACCAACGUCGCGGGUGCCGACCCCGAUCUUCCCGUCGACUUUGAAGGCGAUGUCCGCCGCAUCGUGACGCGCCAAGUGUUGAAGCCCAUGUACCGCUUCCAGCACUUGUACCUGCCUCCGUUGUACGGGUUGUUGGGGCUGAAGUUUCGAAUCCAAGACUUCACCGAUACGUUUGUGAGCCUCACGAACGGCCCCAUCCGCGUCAACCCCCCCAGCCUGUCGCAAUGGGUGCAGCUCAUCCUGUCCAAGUCGUUCUGGGUCUUUUACCGCGUCUACAUCCCCCUGGCCGUGUUUCACAUCCCCCUCUCGUCGUUCUUGCCGUUGUUUUUGGUCGCGGAAUUGUUUACGGGGUGGCACUUGGCCUUCAACUUCCAAGUGAGCCACGUGUCGACUGAAUGCACAUACCCCAACGGCAGCGAAGUCAAGACCGUCCUGGAUGACGAGUGGGCCGUGUCCCAAGUCAAGUCGUCGCUCGACUACUCGCACGGGUCGUGGCUCACGACCUUCCUGGCAGGGGCGCUCAAUUACCAAGUCGUGCAUCACCUGUUCCCGUCCGUGUCGCAGUACCAUUACCCGUCCAUCGCGCCCAUCAUCAUGCAAGUGUGCAAGGAAUACAACGUCCGAUACCCCAUCUUGCCCACGUUUACGGCGGCAUUUGGCGCGCACUUGGACCACCUCAAGGAAAUGGGCCGUCAAGGUGUUCCCGUGUCGGUGCACAUGGGAUAAACAACAACCGAACGUGUAAUGUGUCCAUGCAAGAUGGUGAAGUUUGAAACUACUAAGAGUCACAACAACAAUGAUGAUGCUUGGAUGUGUUGUGUGGAAUGAACGUGCAUAUUGCAAUCCAGUGUGACAAUAGCAACAACAAUAAGCGAUCACAACAGCUGCUUGGCUAGGCAUUAUUAUAUACACUGUAUGACAGCACGGACACCGCCCCAGCCAGUCAGCCUUAGACGGUUUGGUACGCGCUGCGGAGGGGCUUGGUCUCCACAGAGUCGCCGCGGAUAUGGUCCACGUUGCGCGCAGUGUGGUUGAAUUGGACGUACGCGCCGAGGAGGAACAACGCGACGGUGCCGCCCAAGUAGCCCCACCACGACGUCGGCACCGCCUCGAUAAACGACGCCGUGGCCUCGACAUCCGUCAGUUGCUGGACCGUGGGGUACCCGCCAAUGAAGUGGCCCAACGCGCCAACAAAGAUGGUAGCACCCCCGAAAGAAGUGGCAAUGACAAGCGCGGGCUUUUCGAGGUAAAUGGCCGCCAAACCGCCCAAGAGCGACCCGACAAUCAAGAACCCGUAGUGGUAGUAGAUGUGGUUCACACCACCGACGCUGGCAAAGACGGACGUGACGAGGAGGAAGGCCGCGGCCCCACCGGCGACGGCGCCGACGGCGAAGAUUCCAACGUCGUAGAAGUACACGACCAAAAUGGCCGCGAUGAGCCCACCAAUAAAGAACCCGACCAAGGCAGGGCUUUCGUUGGCAAACACUUGGAGCAAGAUGUCGUACGAGAACACGGCGCCCAAGAAGAACGACGCGAUGAAGAGGACAGGGUAGAUCAACUUGUAGCCGGCAAACGUCACGGCCAACGUGGCCAAGAUCGCGAUGGCCGCAAUGAUGUUCUUCAACCACCGGGCAGUGGCCGAGUCACCACCAGCCAGCUCGUCGAUGAUUUGGUCACCAGUCUUGUUCAAAACUUGGUCCACUUUGGAAGGAGGGAUCGUCGUGCUGGCGGUCUGGGCCACCACGAAGGCAACGCACAUGAGGGCCACAAGCACAUGCUUUGCAAACGAACGGGUAGGGGCCAUGACUUCAGGGAGAAACUUGGCAACU